UUCGUGCAGUCAGGUUCGGUUUACUUUGGAUGGUAGCCAUUUAGACCCCAGGAGGAGGUGAACUUUCUUUCGGACUUCAAAAUACGAAGAUACCAAUAGACCAACAUGGCCACACAUCAGAGCGAGGAUUCGAAGGACCCUUGGAAGUACACUAUUGUAGUCAGCAAGUUUGUCAUCAACUGCAUCGAGGUGGCGAUUUCCAAGUCAUUUGGUGUUCUCAUUCCCGUCAUGAUUAAUAUCCUUUCAACAAAUACAAAGACCAUAGGGCUUGCGUGUAGCAUGCCAUCUGCCUGGAUGAACAUUGCAUGUCCCGCUGUUGCUUACGUCUUAAAGACAGGUGUUUUGACACCCCGAAUGAUUGCUCUGAUUGGUGCGUUCUUAUCCUCGGCCUUUCUGAUUGCUGCUGGCUUCACCACAUCAAUACCGGAACUAGGACUAUGCCUCUCACUCACGGGUGUUGGCUUAUCCAUGGGUUACUUUUCUUCCAAAGUGAUGCUGAAUGAAUAUUUUAAAAGGAGUUAUGUUUUAAUGGCUGCAGUCGCCAAUCUUGGUAGUGCAACAGGAGCUUUCAUUGCGCCGUUCGUCAUAGAGAGGUCGCUGGAGGCCUACGGUUACAUUGGAGCGAUGCUCAUACUUAGUGCCUUUUCGUUGCAUGCCAUUCCAGCAAGUGCCACUCUGAAGAAACCCCGAGAUAGGCCUUCAAAACCGGCUAUGAAGGAUGAUAACGAUGAUGAGACAACUGGUAGCGAAGAGAAACUGGCGAGAGUGGAGGACGACGAAUGUAUCUCGAAGGAAGAACCAAAAUCAUCCACAGGGUGUCUUACAAAUCUCAAGGAAUGGCUCAAAAACUGCAUUUUAAUCAAAGAGCCUCUCUUCACCAUGGCACUUCCGUGUCUUUUCUUCACUUCAGUUUGUUUAAAUGCUUGGGUGCUCUUUCUCGUGCCCAGAGCGGAAUGGCAUGGCAUCCCGAGCUCCAAGGCAGUCUUCGUGUCGACUGCUGGUGGAACAGGGGGUAUCGUGGGCCGGGUCUUCUUUAUAGCACUUCUCUACUUCGGUGCUAACCCAAUAGUUCUGUCCUGCGUGUUCUUCAUGCUGUCUGCAGUCACCUUUCUGGCAGACCCCUUCAUCACGACGUUUCCAGUGAUGUGCGUUGUUUCCUUUAUCCAAGGCUGGAGUGUCUUUUCCGGCAAUCUGGCGCUCCCAGGUUACCUGAAGUAUUCCGUUUCCGACGAGAACUUCACUAUGGCUGCGGGCAUCUAUGGUCUUGUAUCGGGGCUUGGAGGGAUCUCUGGAGGUUUCCUUGGAGGUCUUAUCAAGGAUGCCACACAAUCGUUCACUACGGUGUUUGUCGGGAUUGGAUUUGGUUUUUGCUUUCUUGAGGUAAAUGCCUUACUCUUUUUACUUGCCCUUCGCAGAAAACAAAAGAAAAGAGCAAAUGAUCUGUAA